ACAUGCUACUACAAACAACUAAACCAAAAUCUUAACCACAAAAUUCAAAUUAGCCUCUAACAAAUCAAUCUAAUUGGAAGUAUACUUGCUCUCUGCAACAACAAAAAAAAUGAGAAUUCAUUUUCUUCUUCAUCAAUGGAGAAACUCGUCCAGCUCUCCGACCACGAAAUCCUCAUCGACUUCUCCCCAAACACCAAAUGCCGCACCACAAUCCGCCUCAAAUCCCUCCUCCCCUCCGCCCCCAUAGCCUUCAAGCUCCAAACCUCCUCCCCCCACAAAUUCCUCGUCAAUCCCCCCACCGGCCUCGUCCCCCCUCUCUCCUCCGCCUCCUUCCAAAUCGUCCUCAAACCCCAGUCCCACCCACCCCCCUCCUUCCCCCGCUCCCCCUCCGACCGCUUCCUCCUCAAAAUCUCCCCCGUCCCCGAAUCGCCCGAGUCAACUCACCCUAAACUCGCCAACCGCUGGCUCGACCGAGUCGACUCAGUCCCGAACCAGAUCUACGACGUGAAGCUAAAGGUCUACUUCGUAGGCAAAUUCCUCCUCUCCCACGCUGUUUCCGGCGGGGAUCUGGAAUCGGUGAGGGGGAUAAUCAAGCGGCAGCGCUCGAUCGUCCCCGAUCUGGCGGAUCGGGAGGCGGAUGCGCUGUACCGGGCCGCGGCGCGGCACAGCGGCGUCGCGGCGCUGCUGGUGGACGCCGGGCUGAGGAUCGGCGGGAAUGAUGAGUUGAGGUGGGCGGGGAAGGGGUGGGUGGGGAUGCACGCGGCGGCGGCGUUCGAUCGGGCCGGGGAGAUCGAGGAGAGGGUGAGGGGAGGGGAGGGGGUGGAGUGCAGGGAUAGGGAGGGGCGGACGCCGCUGAUUCUGGCGGCGGGGAAGGGGAAUUUGAGGAGCGUGGAGGCGCUGGUGCGGAUGGGGGCGAAUGUGGACGCGAGGAGUAAGGAUGGGAGGACGGCGAUGUACAGGGCGGCGGCGAAUGGGGAUUUGGCGGUGGUGGAAGUGCUGGUGGCGGCGGGCGGGGAUCCGACGAUUGGGGAUGUGGAGCAUUGCCGGUCGGCGAUUGGCGUAGCGAGGGAUAAGGGGCAUAUGGAGAUAGUUAAAGUACUAGAGCAAGGAGAAGCAGUGCUUCGCGCAGCUAGGCGUGGGGAGCUCGACACCCUCGAAGCCCUGCUGGAGAAGGGAGCGAACGCGGGCUUCUGUGAUCAAUACGGCUUGACAGCGCUCCAUGUGGCCGCCAUCAAAGGGAACAAGGACGUGGUGAUGAUGCUCGUCGAGUUUGGUGCUGGCGUGGAGUGGCAGGACGCCGAAGGCCAGACUGCGCUGCAUCUUGCUGUUGAAGGCGGGAGCGUUGAGACCGUUGAGGUUCUCAUUUGCAGAGGAGCUAAUGUGAAUGCCACGACCGCCAAAGGCGCGACGCCACUCCAUGUUUCAAAGCUGAUGGAGUACGAGGACAUAACGAAGCUUCUCCUCGACAAAGGAGCAGCUUCCGUUGCGCCCUCCGAGGUUUGAUUUGUUGGAUUAUGAGCCUGUGUGUAGAGUUUUGUGACAUAGAUUUGGUCUGGGAAAAAAAAAGGUUUCAAGAGUCUCUAGAAAGUGUAGUUAUCUUAGAGAAAGGGUUUGUAAAUGUUUAGAUAUUGCAAUUAAAAUUGUUGUUGUAUAUCUAUGAUUAUACUUCUCCUUAACCAUUAAUUAUGGGAUCGAGUAAGUUUUAA